CCUAGUUCCAACACGCACGCGAGUUGCUGACCGUGCUGCGUCCCUAUUAAAAUCUACACGGAUCUGACGCUGGAGCAGGUCGGACGUCAAUCAGUCUCCGUCAAGGGUGCAUCACAGUUAAACAAGGAGUGUCGCAUAUCCUUACAACUGAAAACUGAGAACAUGGCUGAUGCAUUGGAAGAUCAGACAGGUAUAUCACAGAGGAUACUCCCUUAAUGAUAUAUACGGUAGCAUUGUCUCUUAAACCAUCCAUCCAACAUGAAACAGGGAGGGGAAUCAGACCUCCACCCAUAUGUCAAUGGUAAUUCUACAGCAGGUGCUCGUGGAUCGACCCCUGGAAACUUACAGGGAGAGUCUGACAACACAGAGAGGAAUUCCUCAAGGGUACAUGCAACUUGUGUCUCCAAUACCCAAGGCCUGGACUUUGUCCCGCCAGACAGGGGGUGGGGCUGGGUCGUGUGUGCAACGUGCUUCUGGGUGAACGGCAGCGUCAUGGGGACAGUCAACACCUUCGGCAUCCUCUACAACCAUAUGAGGGAGCUGAAUGCCCCUGGGGACGAGGGUGUGUCUCUCAAGACGUCUUUCAUCGGUUCGUGCAUGAACGGGGUCAUGUUCUUCAUGUGUUGUGUGUCCGGCAUACUCUGUGACGUCAUCGGAUUACGUCACACGGCUCUGAUUGGCGGUGUUCUCUGCGUGUCGGGGUUUCUCUCGAGCGCCUUCGUGACCCAGCUGGAACUGCUUUACCUCACCUAUGGGGUAAUCCUCGGGAGCGGCUUUGGCCUCGUCUUCUCUCCAAUGGUGGCCAUUACAGGGCAUUAUUUCAAGAAAAACCUCGGCCUUGUCAACGGCAUUGUCACCUUUGGCGCGUCGGCCUUCACCGUCGCAAUGUCGUUCUCUCUACCCUACAUACUUGGCUACUUCGGACUUAAGGUGACCUUGAUAUGUUAUGCUGGCCUUGGAGUGACCUUGACCUUGUGUACAGUUGCAUGGAAACCUCUGAUCACGCGAGAAUAUUUAAGUCAUAGCAGUACCAACGGGAGCACAAGUCAUUUGAAGAGGUGUUUAAGUUUCAUGUCUUGGAAAGUCUUGAACGGACGUGUUUGGAAGAACAGACAGUUCGUCACGUGGUGUAUUGUUCUGUCCGUCAGUCGGUUUGGUUACCUAGAGCCGUACUUCCACAUGGUCAACCACGUGGCCUAUAUUCUACCGGGUACCCAUGUCAGUAUUCUCAUCACCAUCAUGGCGGCCGUGUCGGGUGUGUUCAAACUCGUGGUGGGGAAGUUAUCCGACUUGUUAAGCCAAUACAGGAUAUAUCUCCAGCAGGGGGCGCUAUUUGUCUAUGGCGUCAUCGUCAUCUGCAUUCCAUUCAACCACACCUUCCCAGGGUUCAUUGUAAUCGCCGUCGCUCUAGGAUUGGCGGACGCUGUUAUAAUGGUUUUGUUUGGACCAAACGCUAUCGAUCUGGUCGGGGCCGGAAAUGCUUCCCAGGCAAUUGGAUUUUCCUCCCUCCUCUCUAUUCCGACAUUCCUGUCAGCACCCGUUAUUACAGGCGCCAUGCACGACCAGCUAAAGUCCUACAACCCUGGCUUCCACUUGACAGGGGCGAUAACUCUGGUCGCAUCUAUCUUUAUGUUCCUGGUGAAGAGUCCAUUUCAAAGGCAACUUAGAGUGUACAAGAUCACUCCAACUAAGCCUCAGCCAAUCAGCCAUGGUCCAGUGUCACGUGACGAGGGUUCUGGAAACGUCAAUGGCGGCGUUCUAAACGAGGGUUUCACCGAAGAUGGCGUCUGUGGCCAAGACAGUGUUCAAACUAGGUUGUAGUGGCAGAAGAAAGUGUUCAACCUAAGUUGUAAUGGCUGCAGAAAAUAUUCAGACAAGGUAGUAAUGGAAGAAAGUAGGUUGUACGAUGAAGGUUGCUGCGGUAUGUACUGUAUCUUACCCCCAGCCACACUUACUGCAAUACUGCUCAACAGCCAAAACAUUUAUUCGAACGUCCAUCUUACAACCAUCCUUCUUGUGGAUCCAGGACCAUUACAGCUUACACGUUGUGUCCUUGACACUUAAAACAGAUGGUUGAGUGAGCAGAAAGAGUUCCAAAGCUUGUGAAUUCUGGGCUCAGAUCUCAGACAGUAGUGUAUGUGGAGAGAGCUUAAAGACCCUGUCAACAGAUGUGCUUAGUUCGAGCUUCACAACUUGUGUUAUGGACCCUGUCAACAGACGUUUGUGUAGAGACAGCUUCACAACUUGUGUUAUGGACCCUGUCAACAGAUGUUUGUCUGUAGAGACAGCUUCACAACUUGUGUGUCCAGGACCCUGACAACACAUAUUUGUGUGUAGAGACAGCUUUACAACUUGUGUGUCCUGGACUGACAACAGAUAUUUGUGUGUAAAGACAGCUUCACAACUUGUGUGUCCAGGACUGACAACAGAUGUUUGUCUGUAGAGACAGCUUCACAACUUGUGUGUCCAGGACCCUGACAACAGAUGUUUGUGUGUAGAGACAGAUUCACAACUUGUGUGUCCAGGACCCUGACAACAGAUAUUUGUGUGUAGAGACAGAUUCACAACUUGUGUGUCCAGGACCCUGACAACAGAUGUUUGUGUGUAGAGACAGCUUCACAACUUGUGUGUCCAGGACCUGACAACAGAUAUUUGUGUGUAGAGACAGCUUCACAACUUGUGUGUCCAGGACCCUGACAACAGAUGUUUGUGUGUAGAGACAGCUUCACAACUUGUGUGUCCAGGACCCUGACAACAGAUGUUUGUGUGUAGAGACAGCUUCACAACUCGUGUGUCCAGGACCUGACAACAGAUGUUUGUAUGUAGAGACAGCUUCACAACGUGUGUGUCCAGGACCCUGACAACAGAUGUUUGUGUGUAGAGACAGCUACACAACUUGUGUGUCCAGGACCCUGACAACAGAUGUUUGUGUGUAGAGACAGUUUCACAACUUGUGUGUCCAGGACCUGACAACAGAUGUUUGUGUGUAGAGACAGUUUCACAACUUAUGUGUCCAGGACCUGACAACAGAUGUUUGUGUGUAGAGACAGCUUCGCAACUCGUGUGUCCAGGACAUUGACAAAAGAUAAGUUUGUGUGCAGAGAAUUGUUAUACCCACUGAUGUGAAUAUUUCCUGCUAUACACUAAAUAUUCUUCUUAAUACUCAUUGAUGUUAACAUUUCCAGUUUUAAUCAAAGAUAUUAUAUCCUGUUUUAACAUUAUGAUAAUGAUAUUCCUGUUAUCCUCAUUGAUAUACUCAAUGACAAUAAUAAUAAUUCCUGUUAUACUCAAUGACAAUAAUAUUCCUGUUAUACUCAGUGACAGUAAUAUUCUUGUUAUGCUCAAUGACAAUAAUGUUCCUGUUAUACUCAAUGACAAUAAUAUUCCUGUUAUUCUCAAUGACAAUAAUAUUCCUGUUAUAGUCAAUGACAAUAAUAUUCCUGUUAUACUCAAUGACAAUAAUAUUCCUGUUAUACUCAGUGACAGUAAUAUUCCUGUUAUUCUCUGUGACAAUAAUAUUCCUGUUAUA